AUGAGAGAUCCGCACAGGUGGCUGCCACAGACUCUCAUAGAUGGUGCCGAGCCAAGUACUGCCGCUGUCGAGGGGGGGGGGGAGUGCCCUCGUCUGAUUGCCCGUGACUCGUGCGGGUACAUCACGCCCACUACACUCCAGCUUUUGGAGAACCAGAAGAUGAUGAUACAUAAGAUUCUAGAAGAUGACAAGACAAAGUUGCAUAAUCUUUGCAUUACACACAUUAGCAAUUUGAGUAAUGUUGCCUCUGUGCCAGAUGCUAUACAGCUAGUCAAUACCCUGGUGAAUUCCUUAGAAAAAACUCUCUCGGAGGAGGUGUUGUGGGUUGAGCAGCAGUACAAAGAGCUCCUGGAACAAUACGCUUAUGAGCAGAAACUCGUCAGACAGACCUACUUCCAAACCCUGACAGAACUGAAACUCAGGCUGGAUACUUUGCUGGUUGAGAGUAGUAGACAGAGGGAGGCUGGACCCUCUGACGAGUCAUCCCUUGGUGCUGAAAUGGUGAAGAUGAAGGAAGAACAUGCUGCAGAAGUAGCCCACCUUGAAAACCAACUGGCGGCACGGGACAACGAAGCUCUGAUGGCCUUAGAUGACGAGGUGGAUCAGCUUCGCGCUCAGAUUGACCGUGAUCUAAGCAUUAGGUCUGACAUCUCUCACACAUUGUGUUCUGAGCUUCAAAACAUCAAGAUUCAGGUCACGCAGGUACUGAAUUGCUUUGGUGUUUUGCCUCAGUACAGGUGUUUCUUGUCUCCCGUUGUAUUUGUUAUGGGGCCUAGACAGCUCCAGUGUGGGUAUUGUGGGUAUGUUGUGACAGUUUAAGGCAUGCUUGUGGUUGCUGGGUUGUAGUUUUCGGGUUCGGUUAUUGGGGUAUUCCUGUGCAGUGUUGACGCGUUGCUGCAUUGCCUUUGAUUUAGGCUUUGGCAAUGAGCUUGGUUCUUAUGAUUUUGCUUUGCUGCUUUUCUUCUUCUUCUUCUUCUUCUUCUUCUUCUUCUUCUUCUUCUUCUUCUUCUUCUUCUUCUUCUUCUUC